UCUCUCUUUAUUUGGGCUCGAUUCGUUCGCGACCUUCUUCCUUUCUCCCCAAAGCUCUCUCUCCUGCAUAUCAGAACGAAGUGGAGAUGGUUUGCUUGGCUUGCUUGUUGCCUCUUUUCCUCGUCCCCAUCGUUAAUGUCUUGCCAUUGCUAUUUUAUUUCAUCCUGGGUAAAAUCUAUGGUCUCUUGGGAUGGGAGUACAGAAAGCCAGAGAGGGCACCCCCGGCGUGCCCUUACAAACCCCAAACCCAGAAGGAUGAUCAGGCGCGAUCAGUAGCCAGUAACAGAGGGUUAGCAUCGGAGAAAGCUGUGGUGGAGAAUGAUGACAAGAAUGACUGAGAAUAAAUAUCUACUAUCAUACUGAUCAAAGCAUAUCUCAGAUAACAAAGUCCUGUUAUCAAAGUACGAAUCUAUUUGCUAUUUUUGUACUGGGAGAAGUUAACAUGUGAAUAGAUUUGAUGAACAGUUGGUAACAUAUUUGGUUAGAGAUUUGUGUUAAUGGAUGUGCAAACUUGGCACAAAGUUUAUGUUAAACAAUUCGAGGGCAUAGGCUUUUCGGUGAAC